AUGGAGGCCGGCGCGGCAGAUGGCGAAAACCGACCUACCUGGCCCGCACAGCUCGAGUUCAAGCUGGGCUCCAGGAAGAAGGCCCACUUCGUUGCCGGACCGGUCAGGAUAAAGGUGGGCAGCAAUGAUGAUGAUGAAGGCGAGCUUGAAUACACUGUCCACACGUGCCCAGCUCGCCUCGUCCCGGAAAUGAAACGAAUAUUUCCAGAGUCGGCAGAGCAGAUCGUCGCGAGUUGCGGGAAGGUGUACGUGGUGAUCACCUUCCAGCCCAGCCGGACCGACCUCAUCGACUGGAGCGACGAAGCGGCCCAAGACAAGGACCUCCUUCUCGAGAAUUUUGUGGCGUGGGGCAGGAACGUGUGCGAGCAGCUGCGCAGAGACGGACACUGGGCCGACCUCUCCGAUCCCUGCAGCGGUCACCCGGUCAUCGGGGAUCGAGGCGGGCUGACGUACUGCGACACGAGCGGCAUCGAGCUGCUGCUCCCCUACGACCGCAUCCAGGUGGGCAGUUGCGAGGUGGUGUCCCAUCCCCAGUGGCGAACGGCAGUCUACCCCGCCACCCUCUUCACCUCUGCUCCCUACGAACUUCUGCAGGCGGCGCUCCUCGCCCACUCGCACCUCAUCACCACCGCCGCCGCUCCGAUCUGUGCCGAAGACGCGUAG